AUGGAUGGGCAACAAUUCAGGUGGUUCGUACAUUUGUUUUUAGUCUUAUCAUGGGCAUUUAGCGUUAAUACGCAAACAGAGUGUGGGAAUUGGACGCAGUGGAUGGAUGACGAAAAUGGUGGUCUUGUUGACCCUCAACUUGGUGAAUUUGAAUACCUCCCUGAUCUUCGUAGCCUCUAUGAUUUCUGCGAAACCCCUAGCAGUAUUGAGUGCCGUACAGUGCUUGAACCGUAUACACUAUCGUACGAAACUGGACAGACCGUACACUGCGAUUUACCUGAUGGAUUGAUAUGCUUUCAUGAAGACAAUGUUUCCCCUUGUAUGAACUACAAGAUUCGAUUGUGUUGCCCGUUGCCAUUGGAAAACGACGAACUAUGUGUUGGUGAUAAUUUAUAUAAAAUGGUUUGGCAAGGCUCCCUGACGUGGUACGAUGCAGACAUACAAUGCAAGAACCUCUUCGCUCCAAAAGGCUUCGUUGCCGGUUUAGCUAAUUUAGAAUCUAAUGAGGUACGAAACUCUGUGAGAAGGUUCAUAAAGAAUGUUCCAGGUUUCUCCGACCCAAAAGGGAAAGGCUACUGGAUUGGGUGUCACGACGAGGAAAACGAAGGCAUAUUCGUAUGGUUGAAUGGAGAGAAGGUUAAUGUGCCAGACAGUGCCUGGUAUUCCUAUCCAAACAACAAAUAUACCGGUAAUUGCGAUGCAAAAGAUGGGGACCAGGAUUGUUGUCAACUGUGGGAAAGACCAAAAAACGAUCCUUCCUUCAAAAUGGAUGAUUCCUGCUGUACAGACAACAAGGCUUUCAUCUGUGAAGUUCCUGGAUAUUGCGCACGUCCAUAGAAGACGAUGUCACACCGGUAUAUGUGGUUUAUAAGACGUGACAAUUAUACACAAUGAUAAGUAAUCAUUUACAAUAUAAAUGAUAUGUAAAUUACCGACACAUUCUCAAUUAAAUUCAUCAUUCACCAAU